AUGCCUUGGACAAUCUGGCCGGCAUUGAUUGUGCUCUGGGGGGUCUGUUGGAUGUUUUAUCCCUCUCCCGGAAGGGCCCCUGGAGCUGGGGAGUUGGAGACCCAGUCUCAUCUUCAUCAGCCACAACCUGAAGAACUCGGUGGGGAAUUCCCUUUUUUGGCAUCAGGCGAGGCGGACCUGAUCUUCCCCUUCCUUGAGGACUUUUCGUUUUCUGAUGAAUGGUGGGCUCCUCAUCAGCUCAACACAAUCUGUGAUCCCUUGUCAAUGACCAUGGAUCAUGAUACGGGGGCUUAUCCACCAGAUUCAGCACGCGAGUUUAGCCCGAUGACAACGGUAGAUCUAACCCGAAGUCCCACGAAUUCUCUCCACCCUGGUUCAGGAUCGCAGCUCACUCUUUCCCCCGGCGUUCAGCAACGGUCUCAAAGCCAAGGGAGCGAGCCGGUUGCCGUGGGUAUCACCGAAAACAUUGCAACGACUGCAUCCGGGUACGUGAACAUGACCUUGACGUGA